UGCACACCCAUCAACGGCCGGUCGUACAGGUACACGUACAAACAUACGCACACGCAAGCCGUAUUUUGUAUGGGAAACCCAUCGGUGAUUUGAUUCUCAACCCAGACUGCAGGUGGAUAAUCUUUCUGGAGAUAUUUAAGACUUUUCCCCCCCGCAAAGAUCGCCGAUAGUUGUUGUCACUUAUCAUGGGAGACAACGGGAACCGUGAGGACCUUGUCUACAUAGCCAAGUUGGCUGAGCAAGCUGAAAGAUACGAUGAAAUGGUGGACUACAUGAAGAAGGUGGCUGAGAUGAGUGUAGAGCUCACCAUCGAGGAGAGGAACCUGUUAUCCGUGGCAUAUAAAAACAAGAUUGGCGCCAGGAGGGCAUCAUGGAGGAUGGCCAGCGGUGUGGAGCUCAAAGAGGAGAAGAAGAACCCGACUCACGACCCAUUAAAACUAAAGCUCAUGAAGGAGUACAGAGAACAGAUUGAAAAGGAGCUUUCAGAUGUAUGUUCGGACGUCCUUAAUGUCAUUGAUAAAUAUCUCAUUCCAAACGCAAGCCCUGGUGAAUCACAGGUCUUCUACUACAAAAUGAAAGGCGAUUACCACAGAUACCUAGCCGAGUUUGCAAUAGGUAAUGCAAGGAAGGAGGCAGCAGAAAACAGCCUCGUGGCUUACCGGGCCGCCAGCGAGAUCGCCUGCGAGCAACUGGAGACGACGAACCCAAUCAGACUCGGGCUGGCGCUAAACUUCUCCGUCUUUUACUACGAGAUCCUAAACUCACCGGAGAGGGCCUGUCGACUGGCCAAGCAAGCUUUUGACGAAGCUAUCGCGGAGCUGGACACACUGAAUGAGGAUAGCUAUAAGGAUUCCACGUUGAUUAUGCAGUUGUUACGAGACAACCUGACGCUUUGGACGAAUGAUGUCGCCGCCGAGGAGGCAGAGAGGAAGAAUGAGAGCAAUCUUCAGGACAUCUCAAAUCAAUGUGAACCAGAAGAGGCUGCCUCCUAGAAUCCAUAGAGUACAAUCAGCCUGCAUCCUUUCCCCAUCCCUUCUAGCCUCUCUCAAAAUGCACUCAUCCUCACAACGCAUGGAGUCCACUCAUCAUCAACCUCUUGCCCAGAGGGACUCUCCAAAGCAGCAGACCUUUCAAGAGGAAUUGUGGGAGAUGGUCGAAAGGUUUGGGUCAUCGAGAUUUAUUAUCAGCUUCUAUAUCAGCAGAAAAUAUUGUCUGACUUUGGGAACAAAUUCCCAACUCAGUAGAUUUGUUGAAAACUUGAUAAACUUAAAUAUUUAUGAAUAGUUUGCCGAUUGUAUAUUUCAUAUUACUCAUACCCCAACAUAGAAAACAGUUUUCAAAAUUCUCAAAUAAGAAACGCUGCGUACCAGGGGUUAUUUUACACAACUGCGGCUCCAAACAAAUGUAUGAUAAACAAAAGUACAUUGUAUAUAUGCUGUAAUCUCUAUCUAUUGGUUACCAGUCAUGUAUUGUAAACAAACUGCAUUAGGACUUUGGUUGGUACUGUGCUUCAUAAUACACUAAAGGGAAGGUACAACAUUGGGGUUUACGAUUGAGGCAUCUUUGAUCUUCAAGUUUCUUGAAAUGUUCACUAAGAAUAAGAAUUGAACAGACAAGUUAUUUCUUAGCGGAUGCUCUGCUCACUGUCGAAUUCUGCGUUUAUGAUCGCCAGAAAAAAAACCUCUGCCAACCUGUGAAAUUAUGUUUGGCGUACCUCAAGUGCCGAUUUCCUUUUUCGUCUUUGGUUUUUGUUCCACAGAAAAACCCCAAAAACCUCUACAAUAUUUGUGUAAAACAGUGUCUAUUACAUGUAACUACUCUUCUUCAUACCUUAAAGUAAAUAAGUUAAAACAAAAAUAUCAACUUUUGUGAUAUAAAUAACGUGCUUGGUAUUCCCAACUUUUGUCGUAGUCCCCCCGAAAUAUUUGUGAAUUUUAACCUCAUCCAUGGUUGUCAUGUCAAGUCCUGAAAAUAAUUCAUAUUUAGUACCGGAAAAACCAAAUCCUUGUACGUGGAUGCUGAUGAAAAUUGCGUGCGGAAGCAAUAUUAAUAUUUUUGCUUCUGUCGGUUUUUGAGCUACUUAGUUGGAAUUUCAUUUUCUCACUUAAUAAUCUUGUAUUAUUUGUCCUUUUCCAUUUGUGUUGUGCAGUUUUUUUGUUUUUGUUUUUGUGCAGUGGCAUGCAUGCCAAAAAGUCAUCCUCACAACUCAAUCCAUUUUGUUUCAGCUUGUACAUUUCCAAAGUCAAUAACUCUCUGAAAGAUUUUUUUAGUGUAAUAUGUUGGUUUUCUUGUGUGGUUUAUUUUGUACACAAUGCUAAAAGACCGUGUUCGAAUUGGCGGCUGCGGCUAACAGCUCUGGCUGAGGAUUUUUCUAAUGGCUUGUUCAAGCCACAGCCGCUAAUUCAGACUCAGCUAAGAGAACCAAAGAGAGGCUCAAUUCUGAAAUAGGCUGGUGCUUUCCCCCAAUUGUGACUGUACCACUGGUGAUUAGUUAUUGGUUUUCUGGGACCCAGGCAAAACAUAAUCGUAGAUUUAAAGAAGUAUUUAAUAAUGCACAGCUUGCGCCAUUCUUGUAUUAAAAGUAAAGUAUAGCACUGGUUACUCUGAAGGGUGCGUCAAUAUUUUCUCCUAAUAUCUAUUCCACUUUUUUCUUUUGAAGGAAAUAAAUACCAUUAUGAUAGUUUCAAGGGGAUCGUAUUAUCCUGUGCUAAAACAUUGUAUCACGAUUUUGCAAAAACAGUGAUCUUGAUUUUUCAAAAAUGGCAGACCUCGUUUUGUAAAAAGUUGUGCCCCGAUUUUGCUAAACCAACAUAUCUCGCACAAAAAUGCUCUGGGCAAGAAAUGCUAUAUCUAGGCACAUACUUGUUUUUGGUGUACGUCUGAGCUAUUUGAAGUAAAAUGCAGCAUUUUGACAAUGACAAAUGAUGAACUCGUACGUAACGUAAGUGCUAUUGUUGGAAAUUUUGUGCACUGACACAGCUAUAUGAAAUACAUUUUUGCUUAACUUUACCGUUGAAAUACGUUGUCUUUAAAGCGGACAAAUACCAAAGAAAUAAAAUACAUGGUAACCCAAUCAGCUUGAGCUCUGACUGUAAUAUGGUAAAUAAGUAUGCAAUUAAGAAUUUAUUACCUCAGUUGUUGUCAACUGUUUAAUUUAUUUGUAAUUUUUCUUGAAAGCCUGCAAAAAGAAAAGGUAAAACAAAAACGCCAU